AUAAACUCAGUUUAAUUGAUUAAAUAUUUAAACUGAAAUUUAUGAAUUAAACAUGGGACCUCACUGGACGAAAGUUAUAACAAUGUUCUACAUGAUUGGCGCUCUACUAAAUUAUGCUGGUGGCGGUAUUGCGUACGACCCGGAAGCCUCCAUCACGGGUCUCUACACAGGCCCGUACUUCGACCCGCUGGCGCCACGCAACCUGACAGCUCAUCUGGGCGACCGCGCCGUGCUGCCUUGCACCGUCCGGCAGAUGGGCGACAAAUCCGUCUCCUGGGUGCGCAUGCGCGAUGCCGAUAUCCUGACAGUGGAUCGCUACACGUUCGUGGGCGACCAGCGCUUCGAGGCUCAAUAUUCUGCCGCGGCCGAAACCUGGAACCUGAUCAUCAACUACGUGCAGGAGCGCGACGCCGGCGAAUACGAGUGUCAAGUCUCAACCGGAACGAAAAUGAGCCAGUUCUUCAACCUCCGAGUUGUUGUGCCGCAGGUGAACAUCGAGCCGCCAGACGACCGCCACGUGAAGGCCGGCAGUAAAGUGCGCAUCGACUGUCACAUCACUGAUGUCGUCGAGAUGCCUGACUACAUCUUCUGGUACCACGACAAGCUCAGAGUGCUCGACCGCAUCGACAGAAAUCUAGAAGUGACUUUGACACGGACUGGCGAAGAAUCCAUAAUGUCAUCUCUUCAUAUCGAACGUGUUGAGAAGAAGCAGAGCGGCAACUACACUUGCAUGCCGUCAAAUCUGCACGGCGCCUUCACACUUCUGCACGUUCUCAACGAAGAACAUCCGGCUGCUAUGCAAGACGGGCGCAAUUCUGCUUAUCCUCCUCGCUCGUUUUCCGAAACAUUGGUCCUGACGUUGUUUCUGCUGCUCCUUGUUUACAUCCAAACACCGGAUGGCGGCCGCAAAUGUUUUGCAAAACGGCCACAUCACGAGCGUCCAUCACAUUCUUACGAUCGCCCAAGAAGCCAAGAUAAAACAGGCCGAUCCCCUGCUAAAAUAUUGACCCAGAAGCAAAUAAUUCCGAAACCAGAAUCAACGCUAUUUUCACACACUAUUUGCUCUAGUUUCGCUAGAUUUAUUAGUAAUAAGAGAAAUACAUACAUGGAAUCCAUUAAUGAAUAUCAUGUUGCUGAACUGGACUCUCCCAACACAAGGCAAAAAUGUAAUCAUGAAAAUAAAAUCCCAGAAUUUCACACUCGAAUUGACUCAAAUGGAUACUUUGCAUCUGUUGCUAAAUCUUCGAUUACCCUGAAUUUCGAGCCAUCAGAAUCGGUCAAUAAGUCCACUGAUAUUCGUGAUUUCGAUGAUAGUGAAUCAAUGCAAUUCAACACCGAGCUAGUAAUAAGAUACCCCAGUGACUCGUCAGAUUCAUUUGUUCACUGCGUCUAUCGUGCGCCAGCGUCAGAAAUAUACAUGAGUUGAUUCUAUUUAGAAUGUCUCAUGACGAUAGAGUAAAUACACGUAAGUGCGAAUGUAUCUAAAUAGUUGAUCAAAGAGGAAUAAAUUUAUACUAUAAGGAUACUACCAGAGUAAUAGAAUGUAAAAAUAACUGACAAAAUUAAUAUUGAAUUACAUUACAUAUAAGAAGUACAUUCGUACACGGAAACAGUUUUAUCAAAAAACAAUACAAACCAUCAUUUAAUUAUAAUUGAUGUAUAUACUAUGAAUCGUGUGUGAAUAAUAUGCCGAGCAAUCGUGAUUCUUGAUAAUCACGAGUGUAACUCUCGAGGCGUUUUAGAGAUUCCAUCGGUACUGAAUCUCUUGCGUCUUAAUGUACGUUAAAAUUGUAAGUCGAUCGAUGAACCGGUGACUCUAUAAAUGAAGUGAAUAAUGUCUAGUAUGUGUUCAAUUGUUCAUUCGUUGCUGUUGUGCCCUUUUGUGUCCUAAGGAACAACUUGCAUUGAGGAUUGGUCUUUCAAUUAGAGUGAGUCAAUGCCACAAUUUGCUCACAGCUGAAAAUAAACGACGUUUUUCAACUUUUAAUUGCUAGCUACAACAUCAAAGUGUUCCGCAUGGCUCUAAAAAAAUUUCAUGACAUACAUUUUUUUUUAAAUUGCUCUUAAUUG